UAAGACUCCCAGAGCGAGCGGGUGGGCGGGCAUGCGCACGCCACCGUCUACGUCGUCGUGAACGAAGCCGCGCUGCUUUGUCCAGGGGGCGGGGCUGUCAGGCCAAGUGCAUAAGCUACUCAGUGAAGAGAGAAUUCUGCUGGAGGGAAUGGCUGCCUCCUCGUCCUCGUCGUCAGCUGGCGGGGUCAGUGGGAGCUCUGUCACUGGUUCUGGCUUCAGUGUUUCAGACCUUGCCCCGCCGCGGAAAGCUCUGUUCACCUACCCUAAAGGAGCCGGAGAGAUGUUGGAAGAUGGCUCUGAGAGGUUCCUCUGUGAGUCGGUGUUUAGCUAUCAGGUGGCAUCCACGCUUAAACAGGUGAAACAUGAUCAGCAAGUUGCUCGGAUGGAAAAACUGGCUGGCUUGGUGGAAGAGCUGGAGGCUGAUGAGUGGCGGUUUAAACCCAUCGAACAGCUGCUGGGGUUCACGCCCUCUUCGGGUUGAUGUCGCCUGCAUGGUCGCCCCUAGGGCACAGCCACCCAAAGACUCACAGCUGAACUGUGAGCUGCAUGUCUGAAUUCUCAUCCUAACUUGGUUCCUCUGUUUCUGUUAUUAGGCCACAAAUGCUCAUGUGAGAUGUUA